AAAUACUUAACGUAGAGAAGCAGAACAUGUGCAUUGUACAGUGAUAUCGUGCUUCGCUCUCGUCGUGUGAAAGUUAUCGUUCUUUGUUCGAUAAGAACAAGAAAUAGUAACACCCUCAUACGGUGUGGACGGAGUUUGUGUUGCUUGUCGUGCCCUAACUCUGUCUUUCUCGAAGGAAACCACAUGAUGAGACCCUUGAGAAAGGUCGAAACCGGUCGUGGUAUCUUCUUUGAUUCUCUCAGAAAUGAAUUCUGUCUGAGUUUCUAGUAACUAAGAAGGCGGUUGUAAAAUUACUAAAUAUAGUUAAAUUUAAGUCGAGUUUUAUACACAGAUUUAAUUUUAAGAAAAAACGUUUUGGCUAGAGCAAAUCCCAGUUUCAAAAAUGUUCUGAUGGGGGUCUCUCAAAACUACAAAGUGUUUUUUAUUCUUAUUUUUAAUAACCAGAUUCUGGUCCACUCUAUCAGAAAGACAAGUUCUUGAAAUUGUCCGGUUAGAUUGGAAAACAGGAAAAUCUUACCGGAAUUCUUCCUUUUUGAUGAAAGCAAAACUUUUGCUAAAGUUUGAAUAACACAUCACUAAACGCAGUUUUGAUGCUAAGCAUGAAUAUGACGUUAGAUUUUGAUAAAAACGUCUUUUUAUUGGCGAUAACACGGUUUUAACGUUCAAAAAUCCAGUUUUUCCUCUGAACUUAAAAAUCUCCAGUUUCUCUUUUCAUCCCAUAUACAGUAACUACUUAACUGCAAGAUGACGCAAAGAUGUCCGAAGUAAGUUGGGCCUCCCGUGCAGAUAAGAUGUUUCAAAAAUAGCCCUAAAAGCCAAAACCAAUGACUCAUUGACCAUGUGACACAUGUUGUGGUACUUGUGACUGGGAUCAGCGGUAGUCUGGAUAUCAACUCAAAUAAUGACGCAAACCUAACCUCUCUAUCCUUUCAAAAGCAAAGAUAUUUUUAUUUUACUGAAACUGAUACCUCUGGUUCACACCGCAAUUUUUGCUCUAUUGACUACGAUAAGUCUUAAUGAAAAUAGUUGUGUUUGAAAAGCAGAGCAUGGUCCUUGGUAGUUACUACGACCGUUUUUCUAACGUUGAAUACCUAGUGCUCGAUUUCCAGGGAGGUGUGGAUACUUUUUUGAUAGACAGAUCCAUCAGGAAAACGGUUGCCGAAGGAUCAGAUUGUCGAAAUUAUUGUGUUACUUCCAUUCGACUGGAAAAUUACAUGAGAAUUCGGCUGGGAUUUUCCUGUUUUCCAAUCUAACCGGACAGUUUCAAGAACUUGUCUUUCUGAUAGAGUGGACCAAGUUAUCAAAAAGUCAGAAUAGGAAACACAUUGUAGUUGAGAGAUCCCAUCAGAACAUUUUCGAAACUGGGAUUUGUUCGAGCCAAAAAGUUUUUUCUUAAAAUUAAAGUUUAGUAGAAAUUGAGUUUUCUGUACAUCAUAAGCAGAUUAACAAUGGAGCCAUUCUAAUGUGUGCGUUUGUGGGAAAGGGGUUAGUGAUGGUACUUGUUAUUAUGGUACAGCCCGUGAUUAUUAUGAUAUAACCGAAGUAUUAUUUAAAGAACUUGAUAUACCAAACAUAAAGAAAUUAUUAAGUGAGAUUAAUGUAUCAGCAACAACGAUAAAAAAUGAAUUUUUAAAUUUAAAUCCAAAGCUCUACACAAAUGAUAUUAUUAUCGAAAUGAAUGGCAAAAAGCUGAAAGCAGUCAAAAUUUGUUAUGAUUUAAAUUAUAAAUUCGCUACUUGUAAACAGUAA